CCAAAAUAGAUCAGAGGAUGAGAUCGAGUCUGCAGACACCUGGACUCCACCCUCACCUGAGAGGCUUCACCCUUACACAACAACAGGUGUUCCUGCGCAUGCGCCGGUUUCAAGUCUGGUCGUUUGUGAUUUCCGCCUCAAACUCUGUAUACCCACCGGUGUACGGACAUGCCGAUUCUUUACUCCAAUAUCUGCAACACAUUCCCUUCUUAUGGUUCCCUUCGUGUCUGGCUCCACUCUCCUCCUGUCUUUGGCUGUUGCUUUUUUGGUCAUGCCAACAAAGCAGAUUGAAGGUCGGCCUCAGUUGAUUGGCUCCUCCCAACCAAUCAGAGCCCCUCUGGGUGGUGAUGUCAUCCUGCCCUGUAAUGUGCAGCCUCAGCUCAGUCUUGAGUAUUUCAAGGUGUGGUGGUGGAGGCCCGACGUCCCACAGGACCCAGAGAGCGAGCUCAGGUACGUUCACCUGUACCCUGACGAGGACCGGAAGAUGCCGUCAAACGUCGGGAGGACGGAGAUGUUCCCGGAGGCCCUGAGACUCGGGAACGCCUCCCUCCGGAUCAGAAACUUGAAGCCCUCUGAUGACGGGAGAUACAGAUGUUUCAUCCCAGAGCUGGGGAUCUAUACCACCAUGAAGCUGGAAGUCUUUGUACCAGCCUCUGUGGAUACUUUGACAACAAUGCAGUUUCCAGGAAAUCUCCAAACUGCAGAUCCAAAAAAUGAGGCUGACGUCAACGGAAGUCAGUUCAAUGGACUCUGGAUCUGCGUUUCGGUUCUGGUUCCCUGCAUCCUGAUCCUGUUUGCUUUUGGAUAUUUUCUGAAACACAAGGAUCUAAAUCUUAUGAAGUACAGCGUCGCCCUAAGCAAACCAGCUCCUGGGGGCGUUGCUUAAAGCCACGUUGGCAGUUGCCGGCUCCAAGACGUUGAUGGUCGUCCACCAAUCGUUGUAUGGUGCGAUCCACAGCAACCCUGCGGACCCUGCGGACCUGCACACCCUGCAGACCAGCAGAGCUGCACACACUGCAGACCAGCAGACCUGCACACACUGCAUACACUGCAGACCAGCAGAUCUGCACACACUGCAGAUCUGCACACACUGCAGACCUGCACACACUGCAGACCUGCAGUUAACAAGUUGAAGUGUUAGUGGGCGAGUUCUUCUACCUAAAAGAAGUCUGUCAUAGGCACCUGUACGGGGAUCUCAGGUUGGCUACCCUAACGGUGCUCUCUAUGACGCGCCCUAAUGGGGGUCUAGUUAGUCUAGUCAAUGAGAAGGUCGCUCAGACUGCACCUUGACCAAUUUAAAAAAAGGAUUGAUGCUUUUCCAAGUUUGUUAUCCUCCGGGUUGAUUGCAUGUUUUGUGGUGGGGGGUAAAAGCACGAUGUAAUGCAACAGUACCGCUUCACUCACUGACUCGCCUCUCCCUGGUUCCACUGGUUACUAGAGAUGUUUAACACAGAAUUUGUACUGACCUGUAUCUCAAACAAUAAACAAUGUGACUCUG